CCAAUUAGAAGCGUUGUCUCAUUCAGUGUCCGGAGGCGCUGUCGAGCCACUCUCCGUCAACCAGUCGCACACAGUCCCGAAACUAGAGCGACCCGUCACACAGUAUGACAACAACGUUUUGCGCUACAUUGUGAAUAAACGCUCGUUUGGAAGUAUAUCUGCACUCAUUGGAUUAAACGGUUCGAUUAUCCGACUGAAGAGGUGGAGUCAAGAGAGACGAGGAGAAACGAGAAGGCGGACAGGUCUGGAGGGACAAGAGAAGAGACCCUACUGCAAGGUGGAGGGUUAAUCCUGGACUGACUGGCAAACACGGGUGUGGCUUCCUGUCUGAAGCCGCUACUGACCUCAGCCUUGCUGUCAUGGCCUCAGCCCUCACACCAUGCAGAAAGCACCCAUCCUAACCCUCACCCCCCACACGCUCACACACCACACACCGCCGCAUACUUGCAAAGCCAUGAUGACCACCUCCUACAUGAACGGUUACGUGACUGAGUCAGAUGGCGGAGGAGGUAUUGACGUCCAAGAUGAGGUGGUGCAAAAGCAUAGGGAGAUGGCAGUGGACUGCCCCGGUGACCUUGGCGCCCGCACCCUGCCCAUCAGACGGAGCGCUCAGCUGGAAAGAAUCCGCCAGCAGCAGGAGGACCGCAGGAGGCGGGAGGAGGAGGGACGCAAGGAGCUCGACCUCAACUCCUCCAUGCGCCUCAAGAAGCUCUCCCAGAAUCCCAAAGUGGGAAUCGAUAACCCCACCUUUGAGCAAAUGGAGGGUCCUGGAGGCUCCAUAGGAGGUCUGCAAAGCCUUACCGCACCACCCGCUUUACUAGAGCUAGAGGACCUGCUGAUGUCCCUCAAGCAGGUGCAGCAUUGUUUAAAUGACUCUCAGAGUCAGGAGGACAUGGAGCUGGUUCUCCAGCUGGUCCAGAAGCCUGACUUCCAGAAAGCUUUUAACAUCCACAACGCCGUGGCCCAUUAUAUGAACCGGCCCAGCCCUCCCUUUCCCUUGAUGGACCAUGCGCAGACCCUUACACAAGAGGUCCAGGCCAUGGUGCACAACAGCUCACAGAAGGAGGGACUCGAGCUUAACAGCCUGCUCACAACUCCUCACAUGCAGGGGCUUAUGAUGGCCCAUGACAGCGUGGCUGAACAAGAGAUGCAGCUGGAGCCUCUCGUUCCCUCCCUCAAUUCAAGUGAGACUCUCACCCAGUGGGGAGGAGAGACUGUCAAGAUCGUGCGGCUUGAGAAAGCCAAGGACAUCCCAUUGGGGGCAACUGUAAGAAAUGACAUGGACAGCGUGAUCAUCAGCCGCAUCGUGAAGGGAGGGGCAGCAGAACAGAGUGGCCUGCUGCAUGAAGGAGAUGAGAUCCUGGAGAUCAAUGGUGUGGAGAUCCGCGGGAAAGACGUCAAUGAGGUCUUUGACAUCCUGGCAGACAUGCAUGGCGUACUGACCUUCGUUCUAAUUCCAAGCUCACAGAUCAAACCACCUCCCAUUAAAGAGACAGUGGUGCAUGUGAAAGCACAUUUUGACUACGACCCGUCGGAUGAUCCUUACGUGCCAUGUCGAGAGCUUGGCCUAUGCUUUCAAAAGGGAGACAUCCUCCAUAUCAUCAGUCAAGAUGAUCCCAACUGGUGGCAGGCCUACAGAGAUGGAGAUGAAGACAACCAGCCACUCGCAGGCUUGGUCCCUGGUAAAAGCUUCCAGCAGCAGAGAGAGGCAAUGAAGCAAACUAUAGAGGAGGAUAAAGAGCCUGAGAAAUCAGGAAAACUUUGGUGUGCUAAAAAGAACAAGAAAAAGCGAAAGAAGAUGCAAUUUAAUGCAAACAAAAAUGAUGACUUUGAUAAUGAAGAGGUUCUCACAUAUGAAGAGAUGUCAUUGUACCACCAACCAGCAAAUCGGAAGCGCCCCAUCGCCAUGAUCGGCCCGCCAAACUGUGGGCAGAAUGAGCUGAGACAGAGACUCCUGUCCAGUGAGCCGGACAGGUUUGCUGGUGCUGUCCCUCACACCACACGAAACCGUCGUGAUAAUGAGGUGAGCGGCCGCGACUACCACUUCGUUUCCCGUCAGGCCUUUGAGAUGGACUCUGCGGCAGGCAAGUUCAUAGAGUCUGGAGAUUUUGAGAAGAACCUCUACGGCACCAGCACGGACUCGGUCCGACAAGUUAUCAACACAGGCAAAAUCUGCCUCUUGUGUGUGCAUACUCAGUCUCUAAAGGUUUUUCGCAGCUCGGACCUCAAGCCCUACAUCAUCUUUAUCGCUCCUCCAUCGCAAGAACGAUUGAGGGCGCUGUUGGCUAAAGAUAACAAAAACCCAAAGCCCGAUGAGCUGAGAGACAUCAUUGAGAAGGCUCGUGAGACCGAGCAGAACUACGGGCACCUGUUUGACGCUGCCAUCGUAAACACUGACCAGGAAAAGGCGUAUCAGGAGCUGCUCCGCCUCAUCAAUAAACUAGACACUGAACCUCAGUGGGUCCCCUCAUCCUGGCUGCGCUGAGAUUAACCCCACUCACACAGUGACUCCUACACAGACAGGUGUUAAUGAAGAGUAGAUCACACGGUUUCAUCCAAUUGACUUCAUGUAUUUACACUACAAGAUUCACUACUAGAUAAGGACACUAUGUCACCUCAGACCCUGACCGAAGUGUCUGUCUGCACUAUGCUGUCAUUGGGCUGGGGAAAUUAUAGUUUUAUGUCAGUUUGUUUGUUCAUGGUGUGUUUCAGUUUAAUCACCCACAUUCCAGAGACCUGCGAGAGUUAGCAGCACUUAGAAUUUGGGCUUCUGUACUGCUUUUGAUAACUAUUUAUGAUUGUAAAUAUUCUAUAUGUAUUUUUUAAGACAAAUGUGGAGAUGGGUUUGCAUUGUGAGAGGGAGUCACUGUUUUAAAAAUCUAACUAGAAGGUAUGUGUGAUGGACAAACCACAGGCUCUUCACCAUAACCCAGGAUGGUAUCGACCCCAAACUCCCUUAUUAGUUGACGAAUAUGUUUAUAUAGUAAAUACACUAUGGUUCUCUGCUUCAUCGCCUUUACCGUCAGAUUUACAAAGUUAUAGGCAGGAUAAACAGUACCAGCUUUGAGCUCUUCCAAAACACUAUGAAGCAUGAAGGUUGACUUCAGUAGAACCAGAUGACUCUUCCAUCUAUUUCUGCAGCGCUGCCUCUGUGUGCCUAUGGCAACCAGCACUGUGAUUAUAUGACAGAGUUUAAUAGUAAACUUCAGGUUAAAUGUUCCUUUGGAAAGUCUGCUAGGCCACUCCUGUAACCACUAAAUGUAAGUGGUUAGUCUCAUGUAAGUCUAAGUAUUCACAUGCACUUCCAGCUCUCAGAAGUAUGACCAGUAUUGUAAAUGGUGUUUGACAGCAAUACAGUGAUGUUCACGAUCUGAGCGUCAGCACGUCUUAGUCAAUACUUCUGCUUGAUUUGUUGACUGAUUAGUUGUUACACGUUUCCUUUAAACAAGCCAUUUUGGAUUGAUUUGAAUAUUCCGUGUUAUGUUUUAUAGACUUUCAACAUGGGCAAGGAUUUGUUUUUAACUCAAAUGGUUUAUUUGGUAAUGCUCAAAUUUCAUCUAAGGUCUAUCUAAAGAACUAAGGUCAAUCUCAUGAUUUUUGUUAGGCUCAUGUUUCACCACAAAAUAAAAAUACUUUUUUGUGUUAUGAAAAUGUCAGGGCAAUUUAGCACAUUUUCCCCAAAAUUCCCAAUACUGUAAUGCAAAAUCUCAUUACCAUAAUAUGAAAUAUUAAGGAACACCAUUGAAGUAUUUGUUGUACUGCUAAGAAGUUAAUUUAAAUAAUUUAAUUGAUUAGUUUAAAUAAUUUAAUUACAUAAUUUUUUAUUGUAAUAAAGUAAAAUGGCUUUAUUACAACAAUGAGAAUUAUGAAAAACUGCAUAGACAUAUUAAUUACAGUAUUGAUCAUUUCGGGGAAAAUCUGCCAAACUGUCAAAUGCCAAAAAUCUUAAUUUUUUAAAUAGGCUUAAUGUUCCAUAUGCACAUGCAUUUGUUAGAAGUUUAAGGUAAAUCGGGAUAUGAUUUAAGAAUUGCCCGUUAGUUUCCUUUAAUUAUUUUGGAUUAUUUAAAGUAUGAAACAUCAACUCUAUGUUAACGUGUGAUGUGUGUGCGCCUUUAUGCUUGUGAAUGUAUGAUUUUUGUGUAUAUGAGCAAAUGCUGGAAUAUGGAACACAUGAUGAACAGUGUAGAUCAUUGAAAACAUCCCUUUUUAAAGGAAGGUCUGUGUCAGUUAUUGCAGGCAAGUAUUAUCUCAAUCCAUAGCUGAUUCAAGCCCACACUGGAAACGGCUUUACUAGAAUUUGUUCUGCAAAACUGUUUUACCGUUUGAGAUAUCAAUGUGUUUAAAAGCAUCAAAAUUUUUAGUGUAUAGAAUAGAUCAGCCAGAACACACCCUUUAAGUGAUAGUUCACCAGAAAAUGAAAAUUCUUUGAUCAUUUACUCACCCACUUGUCAUUUCAAACCUGUAUGACUUCCGCAGAACACAUUUUGAAAAAUGUUAACUGUGACCCAUUCACUUGCAUUGGUUUUGUGUCCAUACAGUAGAAGUGACUGGGGGCGGGUGUUGAGACGAAUUUUAACGUCGGGAAUGGUCAGAAUCAUUUUUCAGCACCAAAAUAUCAUCUGGGUUCUGUAGAAAAAGUCUUUAAUGUUUGAAAUGACAAAGUGAGUGAGUAAAUGAUCAAAGAAUUUUUUGUUUGAACUAUCCCUUUAAGCUUUUUACUCUUGUGCACUACAGUCUGGUUUCUUUUCUUAUUUCUGUUGUGAUUGGGGAUAGAGUUGUUAACCCGCUGUUCAGCACAUCAGUCUCGUGUGAUCUAAUUACAUACCAGUGAACUGGAAGUAGAAUUAAUGAAUGUAAAGAAAAAUCACCUUUAACUUCUCCGCUCUUUUUGUAUGAUUUAUACAAGUGAAUUAAAGCCCAGAUUAUUA